AUGGAGGCUCUCGCUGCUUCCUCUGCAGUCGGCUCUUCGUUGCAGCGGCUGGUCGCAAGGCAGUCGUCCAGCGUGUCUCUGCGACCCAAUGCGACUGCGACCUCUUACAGGCGCUUAACCUGCACCUGCGCUGCUGCAGGCGACGGCGAUGCGGGUCAGUCGUCGGAGCCCAAGUGGAAGCAGAAGCUCGCAGCGGCUGAAGCUCAUGCGGAGCAAACCCGGCAGGCCACCGCCCGGGCGCAGGAGGAAUAUCGGCGCAAGCAGAUGGCGCAGCGGAAGAGUGAGGCAACGGGGGGACCAGCAGCAGGGGGAGCGGCAGCAGCAGCAGGCGCGCACCCGCGUUUGGCGGAUCUAGAGUGGGUGCCAUAUCUUACAGAGGAGGGGCUUAUAUCGGAUUGCACGCAAGCGGGAGCCAAGGCAUCGGUGUAUGGCAUCUACAAUGACGACAAAGUGCUACAGUACAUCGGCGUGUCUCGCCAGGUAUACCAGAGCAUGCGGCUGCACUUUGCGCGGGUGCCGGGCGCGUGUGCGUGGAUAAAGGUGACUCACAUCACUCGCCCCUCCAAGGCGGUACUAGAGGCAAUCAAGGACCAGUGGAUCGCAGAGAACGGGGUUGCUCCUCCAGGGAAUGACGAGGGGCCGGAGCAGAACCGGUGGGAGAACCCCCUCGACUGCAAGCCGCUCAUGACUGAGGCAGAGAGGAAAUCAGUGGAGUAUGCUGCUCCUGGGCCGCCCAAGGCAAAGGCCCUGAAGGAGGUGGCAAGACGAGUGGAGCGCGAGCUAGAGGCGGCAUUUAAAGCCAGGAAUUGCAAGGAGGUGCUGCGGUUUGACCCCAAGCUGAAGGAGGACGGGUUGUUGGACCUCAAAAGCACGGCUGCUCGUGCUCCUGAUACGGCUGUUCCAACUUCCACCCCCCAAUCCGCCAAGGCUUGA